UUUUUUAGCACCGGGGCUGUGAUAUUUCAAUAGCAUAGCAAAAAAACCAUUAGAAGGUGAGAAGUAAUCGAGAAAUAUCAUGGUAGUACUCACGCAGUGAUACAAGCAUAUUUCUUGCGAGCAAUCGAGUUUUUGCGUUUCGCAUCGUAACACGACGGUGUCUCACAUUCAAUUCAAUUCAAACAUGAAUUUUGGAGCUGUUAAAAUCGUCGAUAACGGGAAAACCAGUAUCGAUAUUAUCAACGAAAUAAUAAAAUUUGAUGAUCAAGAAGACGCUUUUUACGUUCUUGAUAUUGGUGACAUUAUAAACAAGCACAAGACUUGGCUUUCAAAAAUGCCUAGGGUCAAACCACACUUUGCGGUAAAAUGUAAUCCGGAUUCAACGGUCAUCAGGACUUUGGCUGCUCUGGGCGCAAGUUUUGACUGUGCCUCGAAGUACGAAAUCGAGCAAGUCCUUUCUACCGGAGUGUGCGGCGAACGUAUAAUUUUUGCCAAUACGAUGAAACCAAAUUCCCACAUAAAAUACGCCAGGAAAGUUGGAGUCAAGAUACUCGCAGUCGACAGCGACUCCGAAUUAUGCAAGAUCAAAAGUAUCUUCCCCGAGGCACAAAUUAUGAUUCGCUUUCGCUGCGAUGCAUUGAAGGUUGCAACUUCUCUCGGGUCUAAAUGUGGUUGUGAUCCUACGAUCGAAGCUCCUAAGCUCAUAAGGCGGGCAAAGGAUCUCGGACUUGAAGUCCACGGGUUCAGUUUUCACGUGGGAAGCCUGUGCGGCGAAACGGCGGCGUAUAUUCGAGGAAUGAAAAUAUCAUUGGACCUAAUAAAUUACGCGAAGGCCCUUGGUUUCAAGAAUGCCGAGAUCAUUGACAUCGGUGGAGGAUUUCCCGGGGAGACGAAUCAUCCCAUUGAUAUGUUUGCGGAUGCGAUUAACGAGUUCCUCAACGAAGUAGAUCCUUCGAUAAAAGUAAUCAGCGAACCGGGAAGAUACUACGUAUCAUCAGCUUUUACUCUCGCCUGUUUAAUUCACGGGAAGAGAACUGUUGAAGAAAAAAAUGGCACUAGAAUCAUGUACUACGUUAACGAUGGUACUUACGGCUCCUUUAUCGAAAGCCUCUUGGACAUAACAAUCCGGAUACCCGUUCCUCUAAAUAAGCCGGCGAGCGAGAAAACGUAUCCAUCUACGUUUUGGGGCCCCACAUGUGACAGUUACGACGUCGUAGUCCGUGAUUGUGAUUUUCCUGAAAUGAACGUCGGCGAUUGGGUUGUAUGGUCGGACAUGGGGGCCUACACCAUUUGUUUGGCAGGAACUUUCAAUGGGAUUUUUCCUCCUGUCGUUCACCCUUUUAUUACUGAAAAAAAAUGGAAAUCUUUUUGCCGGGACCUCGAGCUGAUUUCAGAGGAAGGUAAAAUGAUCGAUGGAAGAAAGAGGGACUGAAAAAUAUCUGCGAUUUAUAAAAUAUAUAUAAUAUUCGGCACCACGUCGUUCCAAUUGACUAAUUAAGAACAAUGUAUCUACUGUAAUAAAAACGUUUAUCGAAAAA